CAAUGGCAGCAGCAACUACACUCACGUGACUUCAGUCAAAUUGCACCACCCAUGUGGAUCUCAAUAAUAAUAGUUAGAGAUUAGUUAUGUGAGCAUAAAAAUCAAGUUCUGUGAAGCCAUUUAGCAAAUCAGAACUAGACAGAGAGAAAUGGGUAUCCAAUACAGAAUUCCUUUUUCUUUUCUUUCGUUCCCAUUCCUCUUGUUUGUCUUAUUCACUAUUCCAUCACAACACUGCACUCCAACUGAUACUAUAACACGAUCACAACCAAUCUCAGCAGGACAAACUCUCAUCUCCUCUGGUCAAAUGUUUGAGUUAGGCUUCUUCAUUCCAAGCAAUUCCAGUAAGCAAUAUGUUGGGAUUUGGCACAAGAACAUACCAAUACAUGAUCGAAAAGUCGUAUGGGUGGCAAACAGAAAGAAUCCAAUUACAGUUACAGCAACGGACUCUGCCUCUUCAAGUCUAACAAUUGGUAAAGAUGGAAAUCUGAGACUACUUGAUGGCAUGAACAACACUGUCUGGUUUACAAAUGUUUCUGUCCAUUCCAACAACUCAAUUGCAGUGCUUACAGACAAGGGAGACCUUACUCUUGUAGAUAGUGUCUCUCGAUUGACCUUGUGGGAGAGCUUUAACUAUCCUUAUGACACUUUUUUACCGGGAAUGACGCUAGGAAUGAACACCAAAACAAGAGAGAAACGCUUCCUAUCUUCCUGGCUGACCGAAGAUGACCCAUCUCCUGGAAAGUUUGUUUGCGGGCUUUCAAAGGAGGCACCACCGCAGAUUUUCAUUUGGAAUGGUUCCAAGCCAUACUGGAGAGGUGGUCCAUGGGACGGAUCGAAGUUUAUAGGGAUACGGGACGAUUUGUACAGCUACGGCGAUGGAUUUAGCCUCACUCACGAUAAUCAGCAGGGAAGUGUGAAUGCGACAUGGCACGUUUACAACAUCUCUAGUGUCCAUUUUCUGUUCUUAACACCAAAUGGAUCUUUGAAGAUAAUGUAUAUGGAUGAAACAGUCAAGAACCCGAAUGUUACUUGGAUGACACCGCUCAAUCGAUGUGAUAUUUAUGGGGUUUGUGGACCUUUUGGAGUUUGCAAUAAGAAUAUGUAUCCAAAUUGUGAGUGCUUGAAAGGGUUUGUACCAAACUCAAUUGAGGAUUGGAAGAAAGGAAAUUGGGCAGGUGGUUGUGUGAGGAAAACUGAUUUGCUAUGCCAAAAGAACACUAGCAGCUUAGCAUCAUCAGGAAAGGCUCAAAAUGAUGAAUUUUGGAAGUUGGGAAGUAUGAAGCUGCCGGAUCAUUUUGAAUAUUUGUAUACCGAGGAUUCCUCAGGUUGCCAACAAUGGUGCUUGAGUAAUUGUUCUUGUGUGGCAUAUGCAUAUGUGAGUGGAAUUAAUUGUAUGGUUUGGACUGGAGGGCUCAUGGAUGUUCAGCAGUUUUCACUUGCCGGGGACGACCUCAACCUUCGCCUUUCGCCUUCAGAGCUGGCAAAAGAUAAGAAAAAUAAUGAAAAAUUCAUCAUCAGCUUUACAACAAUUUCUGGGGUUGUCCUCUUGGGUGCGUUCAUGUAUGGUUUGCACAGGUGGAGAGCAAAUCAAAGAGUUCUGUGGUUCACUUUUUGUACAUCAGUAAACAAAGAAAACAGGAAAAAGGACUUUGAAAUGGCUGAAUCAAUGAACACUUCAGAGCUACCAAUUAUUGGCUUUGAUAAAUUAUUAGCCGCUACCGAUAACUUCAGCACGACAAACAAACUUGGGGAAGGAGGAUUUGGACCUGUUUAUAAGGGAAAGUUAGAAGAUGGGCAGCUAGUGGCAGUGAAAAGACUUUCGAGGCAUUCAGGACAAGGCCUGGAAGAGUUCAAGAAUGAGAUCAUAUUGAUAUCCAAACUGCAGCACAGGAAUCUUGUUAGGCUCUUGGGUUGCUGCAUUGAUGGGGAAGAGAAGCUAUUGGUUUAUGAGUACAUGACAAACAAAAGCUUGGACACUUUUCUCUUUGAUGCAACGAAAAGGGCGAAGCUUGAUUGGGCUAAACGCUUCCAUAUUAUUCAGGGUAUUGCUAGAGGGCUUCUUUAUCUCCAUCGGGAUUCUUGUUUAAGGAUUAUUCACAGAGAUUUAAAGGCUAGCAAUAUUCUCUUAGAUGAUGACAUGAAUUCGAAAAUUUCAGACUUUGGGAUAGCGCGAACUUUCCAAGUGACACAAGAAUUGGCAAAUACUCACAGAGUGGUGGGAACAUUCGGAUACAUGUCUCCCGAGUAUGCAAUGGGAGGGCUAUUUUCAGAGAAAUCGGAUGUCUAUAGCUUUGGUGUUUUGCUAUUAGAGAUGGUCAGUGGCAGGAGGAAUACUUGUUUCCCUUAUCAUGAAAAAUAUUUGAACCUCCUUGGUUAUGCAUGGAAAUUGUGCAAUGAAAGCCGGGCAUCAGACUUAGUAGAUGAGGUAGUGAUUGAUUCAUGUUCUUGGUCUGAAGUAAUGAGAUGCAUACAAAUUAGCCUUCUUUGUGUUCAAGACCACCCUGCGGAUAGGCCAACAAUGUCUGAUGUGGUUCUCAUGCUAAGUAAUGAAAUAGAUCUUCCACAUCCAAAACAACCUACAUUCACUAUGCAAAGCUUGUCAGAUGUCGAUCUUCGGUCACAAUGCAAUAAAAUAUCUUCCGACAGUAAGGCAUCUCUAUCAAUUAUUGAGGGGCGAUAACCAAUUUACAAAUUAUAUAUAUGUCGCACAACAUAUUUUGAUAUAUUUGUGUUGGCUACGUAUUUUGUAAAAGACUAGUUACAGUUCGACGUGUGGCAGAGUAAGGGUAAUAUAGGAAGACUGUUCAAGUCUUCGAUCCUGAUCGUACACGUGACAGUUGAUAUUGUCUAUUGCGUGGUCCGAAUAACAU